AUGAACGAGGACAAGGAGUGGGUCCCUGUCACCACGCUGGGUCACCUGCUUAAGAACAUGAAGAUCAAAUCCCUGGAGAAUAUCUGUCUCUUCUCUCUGCCCAUCAAAGAAUCUGAGAUCAUUGACUUUUUUCUGGGGACAUCUCUCAAGGAUGAGGUUUUGAAAAAUAUGCCCAUGCAAAAGCAGAUGCGCUGGCCAGAGGACCCGGUUCCAGUGCUCCAAGGAAGUAGCCACUGCUAUCCAAUUACUGGCAUCAUCUCAUCCCCUGUGCCCAAGAAGCUGCUGCUGAUGGCUGGUAUUGACGACUGCUGUACCUCGGCCAGGGGCUGCACUGCCACCCUGGGCAACUUCACCAAGACCACCUUUGUUGCUGUCUCUAAGACCUACAGCUAUCUCACCCCAGACUUCUGA